AGGUAGGUAUGUAGAUAAAACAAAUCAGUCUGAUCAGUCUCAAAGAAGACAGUAGCCAUAUUUUAUAUGUCUUUAAACUUGAUAAGAUUAAAAUAAAUCUAUGUAAAUUAUAACUUAGUAAUAAAUUUAAUAAAGCUAUGACGGAAAUCGAUCCAGUAAGUUUUACAAAAGAGCAUCCUAGGAAAUUAAUUCCUGAAUUAUGCAAUCAAUUUUACCAUUUAGGAUGGGUGACUGGCACGGGUGGUGGUAUAUCAAUAAAACAAGGAGACAAAAUUUACAUUGCACCUUCAGGAGUUCAGAAGGAACGCAUGAAAGCCAAUGAUCUGUUUGUCCAAACAAUUGAUGAUGAAGAUUUAGAAUUACCACCACCGGAAAAAAAGUUGAAGAAAAGUCAAUGCACCCCAUUAUUUAUGUUAGCAUAUAGAAUGCGCAAUGCGGGUGCUGUAAUACAUACUCAUUCUCCACACGCAGUCCGAUGCACACUGUUGUAUGACAAGGUGUUUGAGAUCACGCAUCAGGAAAUGAUUAAGGGCAUCAAAGACACAUCCCUAGGCCGCUAUCUCCGUUAUGAUGAGAAAUUAAUAGUCCCAAUAAUAGAAAACACGCCUUUUGAAAAAGAUCUAGCCGGUAGUCUGGAAGAAGCUUUAAAGGAAUACCCUGGGACUAGUGCAGUGCUCGUCAGAAGACACGGAGUGUACGUAUGGGGUGAUACGUGGCAACAAGCUAAAACAAUGACGGAAUGCUAUGACUACUUAUUCGAGAUGGCAGUGGAAAUGAAAAAACUAGGACUCGAUCCAACUUUUAAUCCGGAAACGGCACAAAACGGCCAAAAAACAUCCUAGCUGCUACAGAAAUUCAUAAAUUCACUUGUGAAUCUUGUGAUAAAUAAAUUACAAAUUAAAUAUUACAGUUAAUUAUUUUAAUUUAAAAUCAAAAUUUGAUUUACUAAUAAUUUGUAAGAUAAAGGACUCAAAAUGAUCAAAACAUAAUUAUGGUCAU